CUAAGGACUUUGGGGAGGGAAGGCGCCCAGUCUCUGUUGUUAUUAUUAUCAAAGAGCCGACUUCUGCGAUAGAAAAUAUAUCUCCGGUCCUUCAUCGCCACGUAGGCGUAUCUAAUACCACCGCAAGUUUCUGUACUAUUUGAGUGUAAUUGAUUUAUUCGUCAAAGGCUCUUCCCUCUGAAUCGUCCUGCUCACCGCUCCCAAUGUUUACUGGGACGUUGAAAGUGAAACUGGUCGAGGCGGUCGACUUGAGGCCGACGGAUUUCCAACGCCGUCAUAAUGUUGGCUUGGCCGGCAAGCUCGUCGAGAGUACCAUUGAUCCCUAUGUCUUUAUUGACAUUGAUGAGGUUCAUGUCCACCGGACCACCACCAGACAGAAGACCUUUUGCCCUAUGUGGAAUGAGACCUUCCAGUCAGAGGUUCAGUCGGGCACCAAUCUAGGCCUCACUGUUUUUCAUGAUGCUGCCAUACCACCUGAUGAUUUUGUAGCAAAUUGUAGCAUCUCUUUUGAUGAAUUGAUCAACAUCACUAAAGACCAGAACUCCGACAUUUGGGUCAACCUGGAACCACAGGGAAAGAUACAUUUAGUUGUUGACCUCGAACAAGACGCCUGUGGAAGUACUAGCAAUGAGAAGCCCCGCGAAUUCAAGGAGCGUCAGGGUUUAAACCGACGACGUGGAGCCAUGCGUCGUCGAGUUCACCAGGUCAACGGACAUAAAUUCAUGGCAACUUUUUUGCGACAGCCUACAUUUUGUUCUCACUGCAGAGAUUUUAUCUGGGGACUUGGUAAACAAGGAUACCAAUGCCAAGUUUGUACUUGUGUUGUGCACAAGCGCUGCCAUGAACUUGUAGUCACCCGCUGUCCAGGAAUCAAGGACACUACUCAAGAAGAGCCGGCAAUUGGUCAACGAUUCAGUUUGAAUGUGCCGCACCGUUUCGUUGUACAUAACUAUAAGCGAUUCACUUUUUGCGAUCAUUGUGGUUCUCUUCUCUAUGGACUUAUAAAACAGGGCCUUCAGUGUCAAGCUUGCAACAUGAACGUCCACAAACGAUGUCAAAAGAACGUAGCAAACAAUUGCGGUAUCAACACUAAAGAAAUGGCUGAAAUUCUCAAUGCGAUUGGUGUCAACACCAAAAUCAACCAACGCAAGAAGAAGGCUUCCAUCAUUGAAUCGACUGGUUCUAGUAACGCUUCGAUGAUGAGUACGGCAUCACUACCAAUUAUGGAGUCGGAUGAGAUGGGGUCGUCGUCUGGUUUGGGCAGCUCUGCCAUAAGCGGUUCGAGCUCCGAGUGUAGCGAUACGGACCGUUCCUCCGUCCGUCCCGAUCAGGAGGAAGAGAUGAAGCUACGAAUUCUUGCCCAGCACGCCAUGAAUGAAAAAUUAAAUGAGAAAAUGAAAGAACACAAAGACACGUCAAAGCACGCUGCCAAGCAAUCAGCAUUAGAUACACUAAUCGAUCGUGGAAGCCGGGAUGGCAAGAAAAUUGGACUGGACGAGUUUCAUUUCAUCAAAGUGCUUGGCAAAGGAAGUUUCGGUAAAGUUAUGCUCGCCGAGUUAAAGGGCACCGACGAAGUAUAUGCCGUUAAGGUGCUCAAGAAAGACGUGAUUCUGCAAGACGAUGAUGUCGAAUGCACUAUGACAGAAAAGCGCAUUUUAGCUUUGUCGGCUAAGCAUCCUUUUCUCACUGCUCUGCACUCCUGCUUUCAAACGAAGGAUCGUCUGUUUUUCGUCAUGGAGUAUGUCAACGGUGGUGAUUUGAUGUUCCAAAUCCAAAGAGUCCGCAAAUUUGACGAGCCACGCGCUCGAUUUUACGCAGCCGAGGUGACGUUGGCCUUGCAAUUUCUUCAUCGUCACGGAGUGAUCUAUCGGGAUCUUAAGUUGGACAAUAUUUUACUGGACAGUGAAGGUCAUUGUAAAAUUGCUGAUUUUGGCAUGUGCAAAGAGGGAAUAGUCGACAGUGUUACCACUAAUACUUUCUGUGGUACACCCGAUUAUAUUGCACCCGAAAUUCUUCAAGAGUUGCCGUAUGGAGCAACGGUUGAUUGGUGGGCUUUGGGUGUGCUCAUGUAUGAAAUGAUGGCCGGUCAGCCUCCGUUCGAAGCAGAUAAUGAAGAUGACCUCUUCGAGUCAAUCCUGCACGACGAUGUUCUCUAUCCGGUCUGGUUGUCCAAAGAGGCUGUCUCUAUUUUGAAAGGGUUUAUGACGAAAAACCCAUCGAGGCGAUUAGGUUGUGUGGUAGGCCAAGGUGCUGAAGUGGCCAUCAGAGUCCAUCCGUUUUUCAAAGAUAUCGAUUGGGAGGCUUUAGAGGCGAGGAAAGUUAAGCCACCCUUCAGACCCAAAAUCAAAAGCCGACGAGACGCCCUGAACUUCGACAGUGAAUUUACUAAGGAAGAUCCAAUAUUGACACCCAUUAACCAUGAAGUUGUCCGAGCCAUCAAUCAGGACGAGUUCCGCGGAUUCUCUUUCAUCAAUCCCGAUUACAUCCCCCAUCGCCUGCUGUCGGCCUAAAAACGUAAAACAUUUCGGAGCCAGAAACAAAAAAAAAAGUGGUAAAGGAAAACGGUAGAGACAAAGUCGCACAAGAAAGAACCCACGAUCCCUCCCAUUUUUGGUUUACUUUAGGUUUAACCUCCCCCCAUCUCUUCACCCUGUCCCUUAAAACUGAGCUGAUGUUUCUCAGCUUGCGGCCUAACACCUCUAUAGCAUUUAUUUAAGAGGAAAGCGAAAAGAAAAAGAAAAAAAUACGUGGAUUUUUUUUUCCAUUAAGUUUAGCCAUCGAAAGGGGGACAUUUACUAAAAACAAAACACACACAAAAAAAAGAAAAAAAAAAGUAAUAAUAAUACUCUCAUUUUAUGCUCUCUUUCCAACCCCCCAGUCCUCCUCUUUUCUUGGUGACAAAAAGUUAACGAAACAUACUAAAAAAGCAAAACAAAAAAAACAAACAAAAAAAAACAUGAAUGGCUGCACGUUUCGCUCUCAAUGCCAAAGAUAUUCGUUUAAUCAGCGAAAGAUAGCAAGUAUUUAAUCUCCGUGUUCUCUCUCUCUCUCUAUCUAUCUACGAGUUUCUCUCUUCUAAAUUAUAGGUCUGUUGAUCCCUCCCUCCCGUCGUGUAGGCAAGGAGGAAAGACUCGCGUGCAAUUUCUCUGCCACCCCACAUCUCUGUCGCCUCCCAAGCUGUUCCGUAAUUUGUUUUUGGUUCCAUCGCUCCGUUUCUUUGUACGUUAUUGCAAAGGGUCUGUGUGUUCUUUUCGGUUAGGUUCAAGUCUCCUGCUCUUAGCCGUUUUUGUUUUUUUAGUUGUCUUCGGUUUUUCAUCACAAACUCUCGGUUAUCUUAAUUCCUUUUGUUUACAGACUGUUUUCUCUUAUCCGGAGCAGAAGAAUUUACAACAAAAUUGCGUUUCACGUUUGAAAAAGAAAAAAAAAAGGAAGUCGUGUUACUGAAUUUCGAUCCUUCUCGGCCGGAAGGCGUUGUUGCUUUUCAACCAUCUCAGCUUUGAGCUGAAGGAUUGGUUAAAUUUUAGAAGUUUUAUUCGUUGAGAAACCACAAAAAUUGAGGGACUUUGGGUCAAUUAAGAAGAAGAUGAAAAAAAAAUGGCUAAUGUGAGGAAGCUGCUCUCAGCACAAUUAACAACGCACAUUUUUGAGGGUCUGUUUUUCGCUAUCGACAGAACGUGUGGACGUCCUCGUUCUUUUCUCGAUUGAAAUUAUUUGUUUUAUUUUCUUUUCUUAUGGGUCAGGAAGUUCGACUGCCAUUUGAUGCUGCCCUCCCCUAUUUCCCUACUGUAUUUUUCUUUAUUUUUUGUUUUGGAAAUUAUUUGCUCUCGUUCUCCAACGUUUUCCCCUCUCUUUUAAUAUUUCCCCAUUUUUUGUUCUCUCCACUGUUAUCAUAAUGCCCAAACGCCAGCGCCACAAACCACUGGAUUAGAAAACUGUGACGAUGGACCUACUGGGGAAAAAGCGCGAUGGCUUUCGCACUUUUUCGUUAUUGAAUCUUCUCGGGUGGCAUCGUAUUUGAUUUCCUGCGCGUCCCCCGCUCCCCAUUAUUGUAAACUCCAUCCUUUUUUUGUUCUUUUUUUUUUUUUCAACCCCCCUCGUCUCACAAAUGUGUUGGUCAGUUUCCUCUCAUUGGUCGUCGUGUUACGGAUUUAAAUAUGAUGUUGGAUAUCCUUAUUUAUUUGAUUUUCACCAAGGAAGUCUGGAUUUAUUCUGUCUACUUCGUUCUAUUUUGUUUCUUGUUUUUUUUUAAAUUUUGUCCCUGAACCUAACCCGAACUCUUUUUAUCUUUCUGCCAUCUCAUCCGGAUGAAAUGAAAACAAUGGGAUACUCCCUCGAUCAUUUUCACUCCUUCCUCCGCAAUGCAAUCGUUAUAAAAAUGCUGUCUCUUUAUUUAUCUGCCUCUCAUCAAACUGUCUGUCUCAUCCACCCAAAUUUUUCGUUUAUGUUACAGGGCGCAAUCUAAGGAGAGUGCGCCCUCGAACCUUGUUGCUUUGUUAUGAUUAAUUCUUUUUCCCUCUCAUCGCUCUCUCCUUUCUGCAUGGCUAGUCAGAAUUUCUCUCUUCUUCAUUUUGUUUUGUUUUUAUUUCGAUUUUUUUUAAUGUUUAUUUUUUCAUUUUUUUUAUUUAUUAUUAUUAUUAUUAAUUUUCAUGUAUCUCUCCGUUUAUUUUUUCCUUUAUUUUUUGC